ACGCGGGGAUGAAGAAUCCGAUUGUCAAGUAUCUCCUCGGGGAGGAAGUGCCGACGAGGGAGGACUACACGGAUUGGCACGAGAAUGCUAAGGGCGGAAGGUCGUCGCCGACGCUCGCCGUCGACGCUGACGAUCGCGACGAGCAGGACGAGGACGAGAACGACGAGAGAUAACGAAGGAUGAUGAAGCCGGUGUCGAGCAGCAGAGUGAGAGAGCUCCAGGCUAUGCUGUUUCCGGUUCAACCUAUCCCAGGUAGCAUGCUCUCUGAUCUAACACCGCAAGACCUGCAAGUGUCGCAACUGGAACGUUACGAGAGCUCGGCUCUGAGACGAGACGCGGAAUCGGCAUUGUUCGCGAUACCUUUGGGUCUUUCUAGGCAUCGGUACUCGAAGGAGGCCCUUCGUGCGGUACUCGACGCGCGCUGUAUCGUCGAUGGAAGCAUCCAGGAAGCGGCCAGGUGGCCGACCGAGUGCCAGGUGAUCCCUGAAAGAGUUCGUCACAUAGAGUACAACCCUACCACGCCGGAAGCCUUCUACGUCUCAUCCGGAAAGGAACCGAGACCCAAGCCGAUCGGCGACGAGCUUGGAACGGUGAUAUUUCGUUACUGUCCAACUAACGUCACUAAUUACUUUAGCCGAUCUUGCGUGGGCGGGAGCACGGCGUUCCCGUCGGAUUUCCCUGGAGAAUCGACCGCGUGCGCCAACGGAAACGACAUCUUCUUCGUCGCCGAAAUGCCCCGGCCGAAGGACGACAGCACGGAUUUGCGGUUUGAGUCGCGGUUCGAGUCCGGGAACCUCGGCAAAGUGGUGAAAAUAACCGAUACGUAUUACCAGCUCUAUCUGAGAAGGGAUCUCUACACGCAGAGGCAUACGCAGUGGUACUACUUCAAGGUAUCCAAUACGAGAAGCAGAAUCACAUACAGGUUUUCAAUCGUAAAUAUGUGCAAAGAGGAGAGUCUUUACAACGAAGGGCUCAAGCCUCUUCUUUACUCCACCGAAGACGCUCGAACUCGAUCCGUAGGAUGGAGAAGAUGCGGCGACAACAUCACGUAUUACCGAAACAACGACUCAUCAAGCGACGAGGAAAAAGAAAAACACACGCUCACGUUCAAUAUCUCGUUCCCUCACGAUCGUGACAUCGUUUAUUUGGCGCACUGCUACCCGUACACCUACACCGAUCUCCAGGAGUAUCUCGGCAAAAUCGUGGCCGACCCCGCGAAAACGAGAUUCGCCAAGCUGCGUCUGCUGUGCCGCAGCUUGGCCGGAAACGGCGUGUAUUACCUAACGAUCACCGCGCCGGCCCACGACGAGGAGGUGCGCAGGAAGCGGGGCGUCGUUAUCACGGCCCGGGUGCAUCCCGGCGAGACGCCGUCGAGCUGGACGAUGAAAGGCAUCAUCGACUUCCUCACCGGCGACACGAACCGAGCCAGAGAACUCAGAGAAAGAUUCGUCUUCAAGUUGGUGCCGAUGCUAAAUCCGGACGGCGUCAUAGUGGGCAACAAUCGGUGCUCCCUGUCCGGGAAGGAUCUGAACCGGCAGUACAGGACCGUGAUGCGGGAGAGCUAUCCGUCCGUCUGGCAUACGAAGCUAAUGAUACGGAGGCUCCUCGAGGAAUGCGGGGUGGCGAUAUACUGCGAUCUCCACGCUCACUCGAGGAAGCACAAUAUAUUCGCCUACGGUUGCGAGAGCAAGAGGACCGGAUGCACCGGGAAGCUGUCGGAGCAGGUGUUUCCGCUAAUGCUUCACAAAAACGCAGCGGAUAAGUUCUCCUUCGAGAAUUGUAAAUUCCACGUCGAGAAGGGGAAAGAAGGUACGGGCAGAGUGGUCGUAUGGUCGAUGGGCGUGCAGAACAGUUACACCAUGGAGGCUUCUAUGGGCGGCACCAAAAUCGGCUCUAGAUGCGGAACGCAUUUUUCCAUUCAGGACUACGAGCAGAUCGGCAGGGCAUUCUGCGAGACCCUGCUCGAUUUUUACGAUCAAGAUCCCAUGAAGGAAAGACUCCGAAAUAAGAUUAUUGUCAGAUUGACGAAGGAAGGGUCCAGUGCUGAGGAGCCUACCAAUAUCGAUUUAACUGAUUAUUCAAGCAACGAGGGAGACGUCUCACAGGAAAGUUUCUCGUCGGAAGAGGAAAGAGCCGAGUACACGGAUACUACGUGGUCCAGCGAGGGCGGAGAGUUCCUGGCGGGUCGUCGCCGGUAUCUUUGCGUGCCACCACCGUCGCCGACCUUCGUUCCACCGAGGAGCGUUGGUCUUUACAGAAGGAGAGCACGAAGAGACGUCGCGGGAAGAAUUUACUUGGAGCGUAGAAGAAAUCUGACACGACGGGCAGUGAUGGACUUGCCGACCACGGAUCCAGGUAGCGAUUUGUGCGAUCUGACCGAUUCGGCUGAUGAGAGUUUCGUCAGAAGCGAGGGAAGAGAAUAUGACGUUGCCUGGAGAAGCACGCAAGAAUAUCGCGAAGAGAUAAUCGAGCUUUCCGAGAGGGAGACGACCGAGAAAGAGGAACGACAGGAGGAGACGCUGAUCUUACCGGAAAUCGUGAGACCUCGUAGCGUGUCUUUCGGGGAGUUACUACCGCGAAAGGAUCACCGGAAGAUUCGCCAACAGCCGCGAUGUCUUCGGACGCUGAGAAAUCAGUCGCCGGUGUCGCCGACGAGCCGAGAGGUGAGAAUCAAGCUAACGUCGUUGAGACGGCAGAUUUGGACGGGCGUGUCGAGCACCACUGCCGAGGGCAACAACGCGGAACGUCUCGUCGACGCAUUCGCUAAGACGCCGUUGAGCUGGGGUGUCUCCAGACACGCUCUGAUGCACUAUCCCACGGACGGCGAGGUCACGCUAAAGCCACAAUCCAAGAAAACGCAGUCGCUCGCCGAGGACACGGACAAGGACGACGCAAGGAAGGCACGGAAGAAGUCGCGGCGGAAUGGGUCUCAAAUGAAGGCAGCCGCGCGAACGGACGGACAGAAGUCGUCCAGGAGGAAGAACGCGAGGCUCGACUGGCAACGGGCGGUGAAUCUAAAUUCCCGGGGCAACGACGCGAGAAUCGCGAGGACCUCCUCCCUCCUGACGAUCGAGGCGGACUCGUUGAAGCUACUGGCCGCGUCGACGACGUCCAAGCAAUUGCAACGACCGCAGCGGAAGCUCGAGCCGCGCCGGAAGUUUCGCGGUGUCGGCGCGGCGGCGUCCAUCGGGGCGAAGAUGAGCGCCGCGAAGCCGACGAGGACGCGGACGUGCCGUCGCGACGCCUUCUGCGAGAGCACGACGUCAGACGACGCCUCGUCGGAUUCGGGCAAGCCGAAGGUCGUGAAGAAGAAGCAAAAGAAGAAGAAGCAACAGCAGCCGCAGCAGCAACCGCAACCGAGGAAACCGAUGGGGAACAGAGGAGCGGAGCAAAGCAAGCGCGUCUGCAGCGCGAAGACUUCGCGCAACAAUGUUUGACGUUGACGAUCAUUUUUUCGAGUGAGCUGC